CUCUCUCUCUCUCUCAAGCGAGUCACGCAUCCCUGCUUUUUAAGCCCGUCACGAAACGGAGGGCAACUGAAACCCUUCGUCCUAAAAAAAAUACCAAUUAGGGUUUCGCUUCUCCUGAUUCUAUUCGAUUCCUUUUCUUUUCAAGAGGUCUCAGAAAAUGCAGAGAAACAGAGGUGGUGGAGAUCCUUUCUCCAAUUUUGGUGACCCUUUUGGUGGUUUUGGGGGAUUUGGUAGCUUUGGGGAUCCUAGGAGUUUGAUGUCCGGUUUCUUUGGUGGAAGGGACCCUUUUGAUGAUCCUUUCUUCACACGUCCUUUUGGAGGCAUGUUUGAGUCGGGCUUCUUCCGUCCAAUGGGAAGUCCUUUUGCAGAUAUGCAUCCACCUGCAUUUAUUGAGGAUCGGCCCCCAGAGCCCAAGAAAUCAAGGGGGCCAAUUAUUGAAGAACUAAACUCUGAUGAAGAAAAAGAAGAAGGGGGUAAAGAGAAGAAUGAGAAUCCUAGAAAGCAUCCUAGGUCAAGUAAUGAACCUUAUGUUGAAGAUCCAGAUGAUGCUGCUGAAGAGAAAAGAAACAAGCUUUUGCAGUAUAGGAAUGAGCAUAAUAGGUUGUAUGAUAAUCAGCAGCAGCCUCAAACUCGUAGCUUCACGUUCCAGAGCUCCACUGUUAGUUACGGUGGUGCAAAUGGAGCUUACUAUACUUCCUCAAAGACAAGGAGGAUGGGGAGCGAUGGAAUCACUUUUGAAGAAAGCAAAGAAGCAGACACUGCCACAAGACAGGCUACACACAGGGUUUCUAAGGGAAUUCACAGCAAGGGCCAUUCGCUUACAAGGAAGCUCAAUUCAGAUGGCAGGGUGGACACAAUGCAGACUUUGCAUAAUCUGAAUCAAGAUGAGCUUCCUCAUUUUGAAGAAACUUGGAAUGGAAGUGCUCAAAGGCAUUUGCCUGGCUGGUCUGGGAAUUUUGGUCAGCAUGAAACUAUUGGAGCUGGCAGCAGUGGACAGAAUGCAGGUCGGGGUGGCUGGGCACUCCCUGCCGCAGAGGGUUUUCAGCAGUCGGGUGGGGUUGUACCAGAUAGGAGGCAAAAUGCUGGACCUUCUCAUUCCCAGCGGUCUACCAGGACACAAGGUGCAGGUGCAUCAAAUGUAAGGGGGAGUGUGUUUUCUCAAGGUAGAGCUAAGAAUUAAAUUGGAAAUACUCAAGUGGUAGUUGUAUUGGUGGAUGCAGCUGUGUCUAUGGAACUUACCUUGCUAGUAGCGUAGACGUCCAAUUUCACUUGUCUGUUGUUCAGUUUUAUACGUCGAAGUGUCCUCUUCGGCGGUUAAUCUUAGGUUUCUGAGCAGGAUAUAUGAAUGGUACCUCUUACCGUCACAUUUCAUCCUUGGAACAUUUGUUGGAAAUCUAAGAUGAUUGUUUAUGCUC